AUGUCUAUCUUCCUUGAUGCUCUCCACUAUUCAAUUUUAUCUUUUGUUCCUACAAUCUCUUUAAAACCUUCCACUUUUCCGGCAUGGUACACUAAAGAGCUCAAAGAACUAGUGUUUGCCAAAUCUCGCGCUCAUGCUAAAUAUAAGUCAUCUCAGCUACUAUCGGAUUACAAGCUUUUUUCACUUCUUCGCACCAAAUUUAAAUUCAUCUCCAAGCAAUGCUACCGUAACUUCGCCUCUCGUACUGAGUCUUCCCUAUUACGCAACCCUCGAUAUUUUUGGAGUUUCAUUAGAAAAAACCGCUCUAUUCCUUCUAUACCUUCAAGUGUCACACUCCAUGGUAAACAAAGUACAUCUCAUUCUGAUACAGCUAACCUGUUUACUACACAUUUCUCUUCUGUGUUCGCCCAGCCAUCUCCAAUUUCAUCCCAGACACUUCGUUCAAUAAGCCAUUUUUCACUCCCGUCUAAUGCCCAUUUUUUGAUUAGUGACGUCUACCAAUGCUUAUGUUCCCUCCGCAAUAUAAAGUCUAUUGGUCCGGAUGGUAUCUUCCUGUCUGCCCUCAAACUCGGCUCAAUUAGACCAAUAUUGAAGUCCGGUGAUCCUACAGAUGUUACAAACUAUCGUCCAAUAACUAUCCUACCUCAUUUAUCCAAAUUAUUUGAAACACUUGUACUUAACUCGAUUCGCCCUUCCUUGAAUCAUAUUCUAAUUGAUGAGCAGCAUGGUUUCCGUCCCGGUAGAUCAACUGUUACCUGUAAUCUUAGUCUUCAUUCGUAUAUAUUUGAUUCUUUUCGCAAUAAAUGCCAAGUAGAUGUAAUCUACAUAGAUUUUUCCAAGGCCUUCGACCGUGUUGAUCAUAAUCGUCUUAUGUCAACACUUGCCUCUAUAGGCAUCGGUGAACCUUUACUAUCCUAG